GAUCAACAGAAGGAACAGAAAUCCAUCAGGGAUCAGAAAUCAGUAAUCAGCUCAUAUGACCAAAGGACAGAAGAAAAGAGGGGCUAUGUAAGAAUGACAAAAAAGGUUCUGCAAAACAUCUGUAAACAGCAUAAAUUGUACUGGACCCCACACCUGAAUGAUACACUUUACUUGCAUUAUAAAGGAUUUGACCGCCUGGAGAAUCUUGAGGAGUACACUGGCUUGAAGUGUUUGUGGCUACAAGGCAACUGCUUAACCAAAAUUGAGAACUUGGAGGCUCUGACAGAGCUGCGUUGCCUCUACUUGCAACUCAAUUUAAUUAACAAAAUUGAAAACCUGGAAGCCUUGCAGAAGCUGGAUGCCCUCAACAUCAGUAACAACUACAUUAGGACCAUUGAGAAGCUCUCCUGUCUGAAGGUCCUACAGACUCUGCAGAUAGCUCACAAUAAGUUACAGACAGUGGAAGACAUCCAGCAUUUGCAGGAGUGCCCAAGUAUUUCUGUCCUGGAUCUUUCCCACAACAAUCUAAGUGAUCCAACUAUUAUUUCUGUUCUGGAGACCAUGCCCAACUUGCGUGUGCUGAAUUUGAUGGGAAAUGAAGUGACAAGGAAAAUUGCUAAUUACAGGAAAACACUUAUUGUUCAACUAAAACAACUCAUGUAUCUAGAUGACAGGCCAGUUUUCCCAAGGGACAGAGCCUGUGCAGAAGCCUGGGCUGUUGGAGGGCAUGCAGCUGAGAAAGCAGAAAAGGAAAAAUGGGAAAACAAAGAGAGAAAAAAAAUCCAAGACAGCAUCAAUGCUUUAGCAGCAAUCAGGCAAAGGGCAGAGGAAAAGAGGAGACAAAAGGACAUGGAAGAAAGUGGUGCAAGUGCAAAAUGUGGGAAUGGAAGUACAACAGACAUCCUAGAAGGAGCACCUGAAAAUUCAGAUGACAGGGAUGGGAAUGCUAAUACAUCAGAGACUUCAAAUAUAUCAGAAAAGGAAGGAACUCAACAGAAGACUGAGAAAUUUAAAAAUGAAAGUUUUGAUGCUUGUGAUGAAAUGAUAACACUUCUACCAAACAAGGGAGAUAGCACAGAUCUCCCAGCUGAUCAAGAGGAUGCACAAGAAUCAGACUCUUACAUACACUCCAACAAGAAGACAGAGGAUCUCCCAAGAGAGGAGGAAGCAACCCCAAAGGCUGUGCUUCCUGAACUGGAUGAACAUGCUGAAAUGGAGCAGAACAAACUAGAGACACCAGAGAAACUUUAUCUUGAGGAACUGCCUGAUUUAGAAGAUAUGGAUGUAAAUGAAUUUCCCCCAGAAGAGGAAAUCUUUGUUCAAAAGGAGGAACAUCACCCAAAGAUUGAAAUCAUCUCUGAAACGACAAAUGCCGACGAUUCCGCAUCAGAGCAAAACGAUCCCAGCGUGUCUGACAACUCAGCAGGAGAAGAAGAAGUUCCAACAACCAUUUUUUCAAAUGUGUGUAAGAUACACGAAGAGGAUGAGAAGGAGCACUUAAGACCCCUUAUUGAAAGCUUCUUGACAGAACCUGCUGAUUCAGAAAGCUACCUGCAGGUCAAAGAUCAACAAGCAGCCCCCUCGAAACCCUUGAUACAAGAGGUUGUUACUGAGCCCAAGGACAAUCUAGUGUUGUCACCAGUCUGCAAUCACCCUGAUGGCCCAGGUCCAUGGGAGGAGGAUGGGAAUGGCAGAGCUGGAGAAGUACAGGGCCUGGCUGAGGGUGCUGAGUGUCCUCACAAAGUAUGUGAUGACAAGGGUGCUGAGAGUGGUUUAAUCACUUUGAGAACACACCAACAGGCCUAA